AUGGGCGCAUGCUAUGGAUAUAAACAUAAAAAGGAACUCAUUAAAAACACUGAAUCUUUGCUAUACAGGCUAGCAGAACCUUCUUAUUAUGUUUUUGAAGUCUCUAAUUUUCGACUCGAAGAUUAUUCGAAAAAAAUAAAAGACAUAGAAAUGAUUGAAGAUACAAGAGAUUUAAUUUUUAAUUAUAUUCCAGCUGAUAUUAGGUGUCAACGGUAUCUUAAUGAUUCUUCAUCUAGGCACUCUUUUAUCCUGAUCACAGGAGAAAAACUUAUUAAUGAAGAAAGACUGGAAAAUAUCAGGUAUUAUAUAUAUAGCCUUAUUAUUGAUUACUCAGAAAAUGGGUUUUGAGUGUUAUUAGGAGAUGAAAAAAUUAUACUCCUCGAUAUAAAUGCAUUUAUAAUUUGUAUAUAAAAUAUACUAAAUAUUAAUGUUAUAUAAGGAAUAUAAGGAAUAUAAGUUUAGCACAUAGCGAUAAUAAAAAAUCUGAAACUGUCGUAGAACUCUUAACUUUUCCUGGGUCGGAAUCUAAAACUGACAAAGGGUUCCAUGAAAUAUUAGAAUGGGCAUAUGAGCAUAAAGAUGAGUUAUAUACAGAUCCUAGUGAAACUCCUGAGCUAAAUAUGGGGAAGCGUCUUUAUAAAUAUAUAAUAGACAUGCUCCGGUGGAAUUCAAAAUAA